CACUUUUAAAGACUUCACCAUGGCGGACACGAGCGAUAUCUACGAUGACGUCUGGACCAAGUACUUCGACUCCAAGGAGGACCUGGAGCUGCCCAAUGGAGACUCGUUCCGCGUGUAUCGCGCAGGCUCGCAAGGUCCGCACGUGGUGCUGCUACAUGGCGGAGGGUACACGUCCAUGACCUGGUGUCUCGUCACGGUAAGCAGCUAUGCAGCCUAUGCUGUAGCAACCAUUUGAUACGAAUGUUUCGAUCUAUUUAUCUGUAGGCAAUGCUGAAAGAGACGUGUACGCUGCACGCCUUCGACUUGAGAGGCCAUGGCCAGACCCACACAGCUCAUGACGACGAUCUGUGCAUCGAUACACUGGUACAAGACACACUACACAUCUUGAACCACGUCAUUCCGCCAAUGACUCCAAAGACCGACGGAGCUGCUGACUCAGAGAACCCGCAAAGCAUCAUCGUCGGUCACAGUCUGGGUGGUGCACUCGCCGUUAGAGUCGCUGCCACGGGCAAGGUGCCGUCUCUGGUGGGUGUGAUGGUGAUCGAUGUGGUGGAGGGCACAGCCAUGGCGUCGCUGAAGCACAUGGGCGCGAUCCUUGAAAGACGUCCGUCUCGCUUCCGCUCAUACAAGGAUGCCAUCCACUGGGCGCUACACAGCGGCACUGUUCACAACCAGGAAGCUGUCGAAGUUUCAAUCCCGUCUCAGCUAACGCAGCUUGAAGACGGCUCGUUGGUCUGGAGGACGGACCUGGCCAGCAGUGCAAAAUACUGGCACGAUUGGUUUAUUGGGCUUUCGAAGCAGUUUUUGUCACUGAAGGAAGCCAAGGUGUUAGUGCUCGCAGGUUCUGACCGCCUGGACACGGAGCUCAUGCGUGGCCAAAUGAUGGGCAAAUUUGAGAUGAGGCUCAUGUAUUCAUCAGGACACGCCAUCCAAGAAGAUUGCCCACACGAGGUGGCAAAUGCCAUCGCUGAAUUCAGUAGCCGCUGCGCUCGUGUUAUAAGUGGAAAUGUUUUUGGUCCUGAUGGUGUACCUAAACAGCCGAACAAGGACCUUGCUCUGGCAGAACGCCUCGCCAAAGCGCGUGCUAUGAUCCCCAAGGAUAGUAUUCUCCCCGCUGUUCACCCCACAGCUCGCCCGAAUAAACUACCGCCCCAGUAACCAAAGGCGGCACAGCUUUCUAGUCUCUGAAAUCCCGGAUCUUGGUCACAAAGGUCAUCACUGCAACGAAACCAUUAGAUUUUAAAUCUUCACACUCAUGCUAGCUGGUUAUUGUAUGGUGACGAAAUACUACUUUAAGUACUGUUGAAUACUUAAUGAGUAUCAUGCUAGCAUUACUAUGGGUCCUGACCCGAGUCAAUACUAAUUUUAGGAC